UCCCUCUCCUUUUAUGAAGAGCGAAAUUUGUGUCGUUUUUCUUCUCUUCUGUGUUGUUAGUGGUCGCUAUUAUUUCUGCUAAUCCAAUCCUGCUUUCCAUUUAUGGUUAUUUAGACAUUAGAUACAUAUACACAUACACUCCCUCUCUCUAAACAUUCAAUCUCUCUCUAUCUGUCCAUUUUUCUUGGGAUGGUCUUACCUCUAUGAAUGUAGUCUUUUUGUGCCCAUCAAUGCUUCUUUACUCUUUUGAAAUUUUGUUGCUGCCCAAAUAGUUUUUUUUUUUUUUUUUGUCUUUUUCCUGGGCCUGUCUUGAUUAAAAAAAACACAACUUGAUCUGGUCAAAUAUUGCACUUUAUGGGUGGUUUAGGGAAGAUUUGAAGCUCAAUUUUAUCAACUUUGCAUUGAGUAAAACAUAUAUAUUCUCAUAUGAUAGAUCUUCUAACAUAGAUCUGUUCUUUAUGAAAUAUAUGCCCUUUUGUAGUAUUUUUUAAUAUAAAAUGGAAAGGACGGGAGUGAAGAUUCUUAUCCCUUAUCUCUAGUGCUUCGUCAACACCAAAAAGGGUCAAUAAAAAAACACCUUUUCCUUGUGUGCGGGUAAGUAGAAAGCUUUGGAUUUCCCUUCUAUUUGGAUUCUUCAUUCUGUUUUGGUGGAUUGCUUAAUCAAGUGCUCCUUGUUUCAAGUCAAAUCUAAAGCUUUAUUUCGGUAUUUAGGCUAUAGAAUUCCAAAGGGUUUUCUUUUUCUGAGGUUUACUAUCCAGGUGAAUUUGGUUGAUUAAUCCAACCAUUCCUAAAACAGUUUUUAGGAUCUUCACCAAUCAGUUCUUACGGAUCCUUCUUCUGAAAAUAGUGGUUGUGAUUGUCUAGCUGGUCUGGAGUGCAUAUCAAAUAUCAUCAGGGCCCUCAGGAUGGGGUCCUGCUUGUCUGCAGAAAGCAGGAGCCCUCGCCCUGGUACGCCUUCCUCUCCUGCCUUUGGCGUCAGGAAGAGGAAGAAAUCUAAAAAGCGUCCGGGGUCUCGGAAUUCCUCGUUUGAUUUUAGGAGGGAAGAACCACUUCAUAGGAUUCCAGGAAGGUUGUUCUUAAAUGGGUCUAGUGAUAUCGCUUCAUUGUUUACCCAGCAAGGCAAGAAGGGAACUAAUCAGGAUGCUAUGAUUGUUUGGGAGAAUUUUGGCUCUAGGACAGAUGCAGUUUUUUGUGGUGUUUUUGAUGGCCAUGGACCUUACGGUCAUAUGGUUGCUAAAAGAGUGAGGGAUUCUCUCCCCCUGAAACUGACUGCUUAUUGGGAAAUGAAUGCAACCAGUGAAGCUGUUCUCAAGGAGAUCAGCCUUAAUACCACAGGGAGCAUGAACUCUGAAGACACUUCCUUUAUAUCUGCUGAUGAAGAACCUAGAGCCUCUGUUGAUCUCGAGGAUGCCGAGAAGCACCCGGAAAAUUUUCAGACUCUGAAAGAGUCAUUUCUGAAGGCGUUCAAAGUCAUGGACAGGGAACUGAGGGUGCAUGCUAAUAUUGAUUGCUUUUGCAGUGGGACAACAGCAGUUACUUUAGUCAAGCAGGGUCAAUAUCUUGUCCUAGGAAAUGUUGGGGACUCAAGAGCUGUACUUGGUACAAGGGACAAGGAUGAUUCUCUUGUUGCUGUUCAGUUGACUGUGGAUCUCAAACCAAAUCUUCCAGCGGAAGCAGAAAGAAUUAGAAAGUGUAAAGGGCGGGUUUUUGCUCUUCAGGAUGAACCUGAGGUAGCUAGAGUCUGGCUACCGAAUAAUGACUCCCCUGGCCUGGCCAUGGCACGGGCUUUUGGAGAUUUUUGCCUAAAGGAUUUUGGUCUCAUCUCUGUGCCUGAUAUAUCUUAUUGGCACUUAACUGAGAAGGAUGAAUUUAUAGUGUUGGCAACAGAUGGGAUUUGGGAUGUGCUCUCGAAUAAAGAGGUGGUGGACAUUGUUGCAUCAGUGUCGUCACGUUCCUCUGCUGCGAGAGCCUUGGUCGAGUCAGCAGUUCGAGCCUGGAGGUACAAGUAUCCAACCUCCAAGAUUGAUGACUGCGCUGUAGUUUGCCUCUUCCUCGAAUCGAAUGAUUUAUCUACUGCUUCCAAUAUCAAGGCGAAUGAACAGCUUGCUUCAGUGGACCAAGCUGACAAUGGCAGGCAGAAAGAGGAUGAUCUCCCCAGUCUAACCUGUCUGGACCACGCAGGAGGAAAUGCAGAGGAAGAUUCCACAAAACAAGAUGAAUUGCAAUUAGAAUGUGGAAUAGAGUGGUCUGCUCUCGAAGGAGUCUCUCGUGUUAACACCAUGUUGAAUCUACCAAGGUUUGUGCCAGGAAAAGAGGGGAAGAAGGCCGCAGGAGAGGCAAAGACUCGGAAAUGACAGAAGGAAGAAGGGGUGUAUAUAUAUAUAUUGGAUUUAUCAAUUAAUUUCUGUUAAUGUUAGGUUUUCUACAGAAGGGGAAAAGAUUGUUAGGGCCAUUCUCUCAAAGUUUGAAUUUCUUUUUUUAAUCAUAUUCAGAAAUGGACUCUUCUUCUUGGAGAAGAUUCAAGAUUUCA